AUGUCUUCAAAUUUUAUAGAUUUUGUUCAAGCUAAUAUUAAAUACUUUAUUGGUGCUGGUAUCUUGGCAUUGAAUAUUAUAUCAUUUUACAAUUAUUAUUCAAAUAAAAAUAAUGCCAAUAAUAAUAAUAAUAAUAAUAAUAUUAAUAACAACAACAACAAUACAUUAGGUGAUUCAAGUCCAAGAGAUCAUCCAUUUAGAAUUAAAAAAAUCAUUAUUUACCCAAUUAAAUCAUGUAAAGGCAUUGAAGUUAGAUCUUGUAAAAUUGAUAAAUAUGGAUUUGAAAAUGAUAGAAGAUUUAUGUUAAUUCAUCAAGGUAGAUUCAUGAGUCAACGUACAACUCCAAAAAUGGCAUUAAUUGAACCAGAUAUCUCUGAAGAUGGUCAAUAUUUAAUCAUUAAUGCAAAAGGUCAAAAUGAAAUUCGUGUUAAAAUUGGUGAUACAAAUGAUAAAGAAAUUAUUAAAGUUGGAAUUUGGAAAGAUACAGUUGAUGUUGUUGAUUGUGGUGAUCAAGUUUCAGAAUGGUUAACCAAAUUCUUGGAUACAGAAGCACGUUUAGUAACAAUUGCACCAGGCGAAUAUCAUAGAAGAGUACCAGAGGAUUAUGUUGAUCAUAUAAUUGAAGAGCCAACUGAAAUUGAUAGAGACAAUUACCAAUUUGCAUUAUGUGAUACCUCACAAGUAAUGAUUCUUUCAGAGUCGUCAAUCGAUGAUAUCAAUAUGCAUAUCGAUGCUAUUCGUAAAGAAAAGAAGGAAAAACCAAGAGAUCCUGUAACUUUCUCAAACUUUAGACCAAAUAUUUUAGUAAGUGGUUAUGAUUGCUCACCAUUUGAAGAGGAUAGAUGGGAGCAAAUUAGAAUCUCUGGUUUAUUAUUAUCAAGAGUUGCCUUCACACCACGUUGUAAAUUAACAACUGUUCAACCAGAAACUGGUAUCUUGGAUCCUUAUGGCGAUAAUGAACCAUUAAGAACAAUGGAAACUUAUCGUAAAUUUAAUGGUAAAUUAUUGUUUGGUGCAUUGUUUGUUCAUAGUAACCCAAUAGCCGAUGGUGAAGAACUUUUUGUUGGUAAUAUCAUUGAUGUUUUAAAAAUAAAUAAUAAACCCUAUGAAAAAUAA